UUUGAGGAGCUGCCACCGAGGAGCACCCACAGACAGUGACUGACCCCGACGGCCAGAGGGAGGACACACAACCUGUUGACGUGCAACAAGUGUCAGCCCCGAGCUCAUGGCAGGACCCCAGCCCAUCUGCAUCUCCGCACCAGAGCCUGCAGCACAGUAGAGGCUCAACCCGCCAUCUGUCCACCGGGGACCACCGGAGACCCCUUACAGCUCCACAGCUCAACUUUUCACAGAACUCAAAAGGAACUUGAACUUCGGACGUUGUAUCUUUUGAAAAGGACGAAUACUUUACAACAAAGUUUCUCAUCUCCAGCCGUCACCGAUCGAGGAGACAUUUUCAGUGGAAAAAUGAUGGAGGAUCACCUGUUGAAGAUCCCCAUGCUGCCGUCCUCUUCCCCCACUGAGUCGUCUGCCAGCGGCGGGACUGAUGACAGCAGAGGAGCCAAGAGUCCAGCCCCGGGAAAAGCUCUGAGCCCGGCUCUGGUCUGCAAAGUGUGCGGAGACACCAGCAGCGGGAAACACUACGGCAUCUACGCCUGCAACGGCUGCAGCGGCUUCUUCAAACGCAGCGUGAGGAGGAGGCUCAUUUACAGGUGCCAGGCCGGUACAGGCAUGUGUCCGGUGGACAAAGCUCAUCGCAACCAGUGCCAGGCAUGUCGGCUGAAGAAGUGCCUGCAGGCGGGCAUGAACAAGGACGCGGUGCAGAACGAGCGGCAGCCCCGCAGCACAGCUCAGGUCCGUCUGGACUCCAUCGACGUGGACCCUGAGAAGGAGCACUUGGCCACCACACGGGAGCCCACCUGCUCUUCUUCCUCCUCCUCCUCCUCCUCUUCCUCCUCCUCCGGCGGCUCCGUCAUCACGUGGCCCCACAUCACCUCCUCCAUGUCCAUCACCUCCUCUGUCGCCCCCCAGCGCUGCGUCAGUCCCCAGAACAACCACCGCUUCAUGGCCAGCCUCAUGACGGCUGAAACCUGCGCCAAGCUGGAGCCCGAGGACGUUGAUGAAAACAUCGACGUAACCAGCAACGAGCCGGAGAGAGCGUCCUCGGAGUAUCACAUGGCUCUGUACCCGUCCAGCUCCGAGAACGUGUACGAGACCUCGGCGAGGCUGCUCUUCAUGUCGGUGAAGUGGGCCAAGAACCUGCCCGUGUUUUCCAACCUGCCCUUCAGAGACCAGGUGAUCCUGCUGGAGGAGGCGUGGAGCGAGCUCUUCCUGCUCUGUGCCAUCCAGUGGUCUCUGCCGCUGGACAGCUGCCCGCUGCUCUCUCUGCCGGACCUUUGCCCCGGCAUGCAGGGAAAGACCAGCUACACCAGCCUGGACCUGCGCCUCCUGCAGGAGGUCUUCACCCGCUUCAAGGCCAUCGCCGUCGACCCCACAGAGUUCGCCUGCCUCAAGGCCAUCGUGCUCUUCAAGCCAGAGACUCGUGGUUUGAAAGAUCCAGAACAAGUGGAGAACCUGCAGGAUCAGUCUCAAGUGAUGCUGGGACAACACAUCCGCUCACACUACCCCAGUCAACCAGCCAGGUUCGGAAAGCUGCUUCUUCUUCUUCCGUCUCUGCGCUUUGUGAACUCGGAGCGGAUAGAGCUGCUGUUCUUCCACAGGACCAUCGGAAACACUCCCAUGGAGAAACUGCUGUGCGACAUGUUCAAAAACUGAGACUGUCACACAGAAACCCAUGCAGUCAUCCACAAUCACGUCUCCUGGUUUGAAAGGAACGACAUUUCACACACACACACACACUUGCUUUGUAUCUGUGUAUACACAUCUGAGAUUCUGCGUGAUGUUAUUUUCUCAAAGGCCACUUUAUUAUUUGUUGUCUCAACAUCAGGUCGUUCUGAAAAUUAAAAUGCAAUUCACUUCUUAUCAUCGUGCUUGCUGUCUAUUUGUAUCAUAUUUAGACUUUGAUUUGUGUCUGAAGUGACUCACGAUCACAGUUCCUCCUCUAGUGUUUCUCUAUGUUUUUUUGUGCAGAUCUUUAUUUGUUUGGUGAUAGAUGGACUGUAUAUCCCUGCUGUCAUUAAUGUCACUGUUACAUUCAUGUUG